CUCCCGCCUCCCCGGGCCCGGGGCUGUGGCCGGGCUCUGCCCGCCCCCUUCCUCCUUCGCCCUCCUUCUCCCGGAGCCGGCGCUGGCGGGCGAGAGGCAGCGGGGCGGGGGCCGCGGCCGGCAUGUGAAGCGGGACAGCCCCCUCCCCGCUCCCGCAGCGUCGCUCGCCUCUGGCUCUCUGCCCUGCCCAGCCCUGCCCUACCCUGCCCUGCUCGGCGGCUUCUUCCUCAGCCGCCCCGCGCCCGUCCCGCGGGCCCGGAGGGGCUCCGCUAGCCAUGAAGAAGUUUUCUCGGAUGCCCAAGUCCGAUGGGAGCGGCGGCGGGACGGCGUGUGUCGGCUCCGGCGGUGGGGUGAGCGGCGUCGCUCUAGGCAAGGUGCUCACCGUCGGACGGUACCAGGUCACCCCCGAAGAGCUGCUGGCCGAAGGUGGCUUCUCAACCGUGUUUCUGGUACGCGCCCACGGAGGGGCACGCUGCGCCCUGAAGCGAAUGUACGUUAACAACGUGCCAGACCUCAACAUCUGCAAGAGAGAAAUCACUAUUAUGAAAGAGUUAUCUGGGCACAAGAACAUUGUCAGCUACUUGGACUGUGCUGUGAACUCCAUAAGUGACAACGUUUGGGAGGUGCUCAUUCUCAUGGAGUACUGUAGAGCUGGGCAGGUUGUGAAUCAGAUGAAUCAGCGCCUGCAGACAGGCUUCAGCGAGGCAGAAGUGCUGAGGAUAUUUUGUGAUACCUGUGAAGCUGUUGCCCGGCUGCAUCAGUGCAAAACGCCCAUUGUUCACCGGGAUCUGAAGGUGGAGAAUCUACUGUUAAAUGAUAACGGGAACUACGUUCUCUGUGAUUUUGGCAGUGCCACCAACAAAUAUCUUCAUCCCCAAAGAGAUGGUGUGAAUAUGGUUGAGGAAGAAAUUAAGAAGUACACAACACUGUCGUACAGAGCUCCUGAGAUGAUCAAUCUGUAUGGAGGAAAACCAAUUACCACCAAGGCAGAUAUCUGGGCACUUGGCUGCUUGCUGUACAAACUCUGCUUCUUCUCACUGCCCUUUGGAGAAAGUCAAGUUGCUAUUUGCGAUGGAAGCUUUACCAUCCCCGACAGCUCCCGGUACUCCCACAGCAUGCACUGCUUGAUCAGAUAUAUGCUUGAACCAGACCAAGAACAGAGGCCUGAUAUCUUUCAAGUAUCUUACUUUGCCUUUAAGCUUGCCAAAAAGGACUGUCCAGUGUCUAAUAUAAAUAAUUCUCCUGUCCCUUCAACUCUUCCUGAGCCCAUGACAGCUAGUGAGGCAGCUGCUAGAAAAAGCCAAAUGAAAGCAAGAAUAACAGACACUGUUGGACCAACAGAAACCUCAAUCGCGCCCCGGCAGCGCCCGAAGGCCAACGCCAGCAGUGCCAGCGCCGGGGUGCUGGCGAUCCAGAGCUCCGCAGCGCCGGGCAAGGUGCAGGCUCCUGGGGAGUUCAGCAGUCGUGCACAUAAAGGAGGCUCACGACCAGGGAACGGACAAGAAAUCUUGCAGUCCCAUGGGACCACUCAGCAGCACCCCCCACAGCAGAACAGAGUUCUCCAGCAGCUACAGCAGGGAGACUGGAGACUGCAGCAGCUACACCAUUUACAUCACCAGCAGCAGCAACCUACACUUCAGGAUGCUUAUAUCCAGCAGUAUCAACAAGCAGUGCACCAGCAGAUGGUCCAGCAGCAGCUGUUGAUGCAAUCUGUGUACCAGCAGCAACCUUCCCAACCUCAGUACCCUGCUAUGGUGCAGCAGUAUCAGCAGGCUCUCCUGCAGCAGCAGAUGCUCGCUCAGCAGCAGCAGCGGGCACAGCAGGCACAGUCCCCUGAAUACAUCACUUCUCCACAAGACUUCUCACCAGCCUUAAUCUCCUAUCCUGGGUCACUUCCAGUGUGUGCUGGGACAGUGGCAGAUUCUUCCUACCCUGCAAGCAGGUCAGGUGUUCCUGAUGUUGAAGCAAUUACCAGUUACCCAAAGCAGAGCAUCAAUAACCCACCUGAUAUGUCAGGCUGGAACCCAUUUGGAGAGGACAAUUUUUCCAAGCUGACAGAGGAGGAGCUGCUGGACAGAGAAUUUGACCUGCUAAGAUCAAACAGGCUGGUGGACAGGAGAGCAUCCUCAGAUAAGAUUGUGGAGCCACAUUCUGCUCCACAGAAAAAUCCUCCUGAAGAUCCCUUUGGUUCUGUUCCUUUCAUUUCUCACCCAGGUUCUCCUGGGAAACAAGCGGAUAACUCAGCCAGCGGCCAAAGGAACGACCUGGGGACCUCUAGCAAGGCUGGGAAGCUGAGCCAUGCUUUCAGAGACCCCCGGGCAGGCAGGAAAGCUACAGAAGGACAAGUGGCAAAAGGAGGCGACGAGUCAGAGAGCGAUUUUGAAUCUGAUCCUCCUUCUCCCAAGAGCAGUGAGGAAGAAGAAGAACAGGAGGAUGAAGAAGUCUUGCAAGGGGAGAAUGGAGACUUCAAUGAUGACAAUGAUACAGAGCCGGAGAACUUAGGCCACCGACCUCUUCUCAUGGACUCUGAGGAGGAGGUGGAGGAGGAGGAAGAGGAGAAGCAGAGUUCUGACUCCGAUUCUGAUCGCACCAAGCAGAAAUGUGGAGAAGGGCCCCUGAGCAGUAGGUUCAGAGAUGGUGUGGACAGCAGUGAAGUCACAGAGCCUACUCCAGUGCCUACAUCUGAGGUGCCAAGUACCCUAAUCAAGGGGAACCCCGGCCAGGAGUUUGAUGUGUUUGGGGCUGUACCCUUUUUCACUCUGCAGCCUCAGGCAGGGGAGAAGAUGGACAAAGAUAUCUCUUCCCAAGUGGCUAUUCCUGGCCUGACCCAAGAGCAGGAUGACUUUGAUGUGUUCACCAAGGCCCCCUUCAGCAAGAAGCUGUCUCAGCACGACGGCCAGCUGGCAGGAACCGUGCCUCUGCUCUCCCCCAGCUCUCCACACUGCGUGGACGUUUUUGGCUGCACCCCAUUUCAGCCUUCCCUGCUCCCCAAGACCGGGGGCAGCAAGGAGGACCUGUUCGGGCUGGUUCCUUUCGAAGAGAUCGCAGGGAGUCCGCAGCAGAAGGUGAAGCAGCAGCGCAGCCUGCAGAAGCUCUCCUCCCGCCAGAGGCGCCUGAAGCAGGAGGUGCCCAAGAACAACGGCAAGCGGCACCACGGCACCCCGGGCAGCACCAAGAAGGGGCCAAAGCCGAGCUACCGCACGCCGGAGCGAACCCGCAGGCACAAGAAGGCUGGGCGCAGGGACUCGCAGAGCAGCAACGAGUUCCUCACCAUCUCGGACUCCAAGGAGAACAUCAGCCUGGCGCUGCCAGACAGCAAGGACCGAGCCGGUGCUCUGCAGGCCGAUGAGGUGCUGCUGGAUCCCUUCGGAGCCAAACCCUUCCACCCGCCCGACCUGCUGCGGCAUCCCCAGCACCAAGGCUUCGGUGACGGCCGCGGGGAGCACGGCGCGGUCGUGGUGGCCGGCAGGGCCAGGCAGAGCUCCUUGCACGGAGCCCUUCACGGCGCUGAGGGGCUGAAAACGGACGACUUUGGCGCGGUGCCCUUCACAGAACUGGUGGUGCAGCGCGCACAGAGCCAGCAGCAGCAGGCGCUGGAGCUGGACCCCUUCGGAGCGGCUCCCUUCCCUUCCAAGCAUUAACUGCCUCCAGCUGGCUCCCCCUCCGCCUCUCCUGGUUGGUUCAGAGAGGAGCGAAGGAGCGGGGUGAUGGAUCUGCCUGAAUUGCCUGGGAGCCAGGCUCUAUGGCUUGCUGGAGUCCCACAGGGCCAGGCCAGCUUGCACAAGGAAAUUCAGAAAGGUGGCAAACAGGGGCUUUGGGUGGGGGAGAAAAGCAGGACAGACCGACCUGCAGGAUCAGCUUGUUCUGACAGGUGGCUCUCGGAACACAAGGAGAAAUCAGACCUGAAUGGCUGGCCCUGGCCUGUGCUGUCAUUCUGCACUUUGGCCUUGCCUUUCCAGCCCUCUGAUGUGCUGAGGUGGAGGUCCCAGGAAGGAGGUUUCCCAUGAGUACAGCCAGGCUGAUGGCAGCGGGACUGCGAUGGUUCUUGUCUCUCGAUUGCAGUAGACCCAAGAGCCAGGAUGUACCAACAGCCAGACUGCUCUGCUGGAGGUAGUAGAGUCUCUGCUUCCUAGGUGAAAACUACCUUGAUGAAUCACAAAAAUCAAGAAGCCAAGGCCUCAAGGGGCUGUGGCCCAGAGAUCCAGAGCACACCUCUGGCCUGGGCCCUGGCAGCCAUCUAUGCAGCUGCAGAGGCAAAGGGCAGAUCCUUUCUGUGUGCCUAAUUGUUCAGUUUCAUUUUGAUUUUCUCAGUAAGUGCCAUUAAUGUAAAACAGCAAACUGGAAGUUUAGCAUCCAGGCUAAAGGUCCUGAGAAGAUAAUGAUCUGGGGGACAAAAAAAGCUGAGUGUAGAGGAGCAGGGAGGCAGGCAGUGCUUGCAGCACUUCCACUACUCAGUGUGUUGGGAGCAGAGGCUGGCAUACCCCAGGAGGCCCUUGGGCACAGGGGCAGUGUUUCAGAUAGCCCUGAGGUGCCACCAUCAGAUUUAUUUGGUCACACAUUGGGAUCUGUGUCUGCAAAUACCUUUUCUUUGGGGUUCUUGUGGCAAAGAAAAUGUCUCUUCUCUCAAAGCUGUUGGGUUUUUUUAGGACAGUGCUGUUAGGAGGUGGCUGUAAGCUGCUGCUCUGUUCAGUGCUGGCUAACCUCUGAAAUGUACUUUGAGAGAAAGUUUUGCUCCCUGCACUGAGCUUUGAGGAAACUUCUCUAGCCAGGCUGUGUGCAGGACCAGGGCAGCAGCAGCACAGCAGCAGCUCAGUUGCUCCUGCACCAGCAGCCUGCGUCCCACACCGCCAAGCCUUUCAGCAGGGCUCUGUCCUGCACGGUGCCUGCAGCCACGGCCGGAGCCAUGCAGCCUGCGGUGCCCGCGGGCGAGGGAAGGCUGCUGUGCACAGACUCGCUGGCCAUAGGGGUCCCUGCCCCGCCGGCAGGACGUGCUGUGGGUGGCAGGACAGCUCCUCUGCUGCCUCACAAGCUGUCUGCAGAGCAAGGCAGGCUCGAGGUGCUCCGAUGUGCUGCUUUUGUCCGUGGCAGCCCUAGGGAGGGGGCGAUUCCUCUGCUUUCACUUCAGAUCUUGCUGGGCUACAGGCUGACAAGUAGGUAACUGGGUGCUGACAGAUAGUGGCCAUUAGGUGUCUGUGGUUAUGUGUCCCCAAGCCUGCUGCUGGGUAUGCAGUGGUCCUGUGAGGGUAAACAUUUUUGGGAAACAUGUUAAAAGGGAGUCUCUUGACUCCUCUGGGAGCAGGUCUGAUGAAACCCUCCUCUGGACACACCUGAGAUUUGCUUGCCCUCACCCUGGAACCUGCAGGGUCACAUGUGUGUGACACCUUCAUCACCUUCAUUUGCUCACUUCAGCUUUCUCACAGGGUGCAAGUGACUCCACUUGCAGCUGUGCUGGGCUCAGCCUGCCUUUGCCAGGCUUAGAAAUCACUCCUAGGAGGUGACGAGCAGAAAGGUUUUGGUUCUCUUUGCACAGCAGUUCCCUAGGCUGCCCUUCUGCUGUUCUCACUGGGGCUGUGCCAGAGGCUGCAGGAGGCACAGGCCAGGUUUGUAGCAUUUUCUGAUACUCAGGUUAACUCUUGGCUUUUUUGCCUCUGCCUUCCUAUGGUUUCCUUCUGAUCUGUGGCCUGCCUAAAGAGCUAUUGGACCAGGAUGGUGUAAGAAUGGGGUAUUCUAAUGCAGCAGGCACUUCCCCAUGCUCUGCACUGUGGCCAGGCCUCAGCACAGCUACAGGCAGCAGCUUUUCCAGGAGGGAAAGCACCUGCGGGGCUGGCUGGGCCCUGUGGUGCCCACUGUGCAUGGGGCUUGGCUCCAUGGCUGCUGGGCACACAGGGCAGAGGCCCUGCAGGCUUGGUGUGGACCUCAGUGCUGAGGAAGAGGAGGAGCAGGAGGUGGGUGCCAAGUUCCAUCUGUUUGCCCCAAGGCUGCCGGCUGAGGAGCCCUGCAGGUUGCUUUCCCUGGGUGGCAGCUUGGCCGGUAUCUGGCGGGGCUGUGGGGGGUGCCAUGGCAGACAGGGGAGCUGAGGGGAGGUGAGGUGAAAGCAGACUCUGAAGUUGCUCUAGAACUGGUGCAGUGCCUCUGGCUGCAUAUGAGCUACAGCUUUCUAAUGGCCUUAAUAAACCUGGCUCUUGGUAUUCUAGCUCUGAGCCAGGCCUGUGCGUUAAUGUAGCGCUUUUGUUUCUAGAGUUAAAGUGAUUUUCCUCCUUCACCAUGGCUUAAGAGCUAUCAGUUUGCCUCACUGAGCUGACUUUGCCUGGUGUACAUUGUUUAUACACAGCUCAGCCCGACUUUGGGGCUCAUUUCGGCUCAGAUCAGCAGAGCUGCCGUGUGGGUCUGUGGGGAAGGCAUCCUCUUGCCUUCACCUGGGCUGCCUGUGCUCAUCUGUGUGUCCUCACCCUGCCUGGAAUGCACUGGACAUGCACCACAGCAUCUGUGAGGACAGAAGCAGCAAGGUAAGGAGCUGACCCUUCCAACCCAAAUAUCUAUGGGUUUGUACAGCUUCUCCUGCAGCAUGGGGAGCGACUGCACCAGAGGCCUUCUGGAAUCAGCUACUUGAGAGAGAGAGGGGCUGCCAGAAGGUGCUAGGAAGGCCUCACUGGUUGUGGUUGUUGAAAGUACAGUGGGAUGGGGGCGUCUCUGCAGGCUCCCAGGGAGUGCAGCUGCUUUGAGCAGCCUGCCUUAGGUGGCCCUUGUGAGGACCAGCUGUGGAGAAAACAGCUUCUAGUCACAGAGUGUCCCAGUUAGCAAACCCAAGUACUGUGAAAACCAUCUGAUCUCUUUGCUACUGUGAGAAACAGUUUGUCUGGAGCCUUUGAUGCUGCCUGGUGUAUUUUUAUAGAUGGGUGUACCCUAAAGGAUCUCCAUGCUCCACACAUCCCCUGGCUGCUGGGGCUGCUCUGGGCUUGGCAAGGCAGCAGCCACACUCACGGUGCUGAGGUGGGGCAGUGAGUAGUCACAGCCUCAGGCAAGGGCAGAGGGUGGCUGCAGAAAACCAAGGGGGCUGUGUACAGAUUGAUCUGUGACUGAGGCAUGCCUCUAGUGUUAAAGAGCAUCAAGAGGAUUUGAAAUUGCUGGCAUUCAGCUUCCAAGUGCACUUUCCUCGACUACACUUCCACUUCUUGUUAGACUUCACAUUUCUAAAGCUUUUGUUUUUUGUGUACCACUAAACAGAGAACUUUAACUUUUUGUGACUCUGAUGUAUGGCAGUUGGUAAAUAAACACACGUGGUGACAGUGA